GUUGGGAUGACUUGCGACAGUGCGGGACGACAAUUGCUAGUGUGCGGAUCGUGUGGAUUUCCUCUACAGUUUUUCUGCAUUUAAUCGAGCACAUUCGUGUACAAUAUUAUAUCAGCAGUUUCAGGAAAGCGGAAACGUACACCAACCGGAAAUGAGCAUUAUAAAAUUCAUACUACCCGGAUUUACGCUCCUAGUCCGAAAUUUCGCAGUUGUAGCAACGAUGAGCGGAAACAAGGAUUACAAAUCGGCCACGUCGAUCUACGAUUUCACGGCCAACUCCAUCCGAGGAGAGGAGGUUCCUCUGUCCAAAUACGAAGGUCACGUGUGUCUGAUCGUAAACGUCGCUUCGAAAUGCGGCCUUACAGCUACGAAUUACAAGGAGCUCAACGAAUUGUACGACGAGUACGCCGAAUCCAAAGGAUUGCGAAUUCUGGCCUUUCCAUGUAAUCAAUUUAAUGGACAAGAACCGGGGACCGCCGAGGAUAUUUGCAGCUUCGCCGAUCAUCAUAAAGUGAAAUUCGACUUGUUCGAGAAAAUUGACGUGAACGGAGAUAAAACGCAUCCUCUCUGGUCGUAUCUGAAAAAAGAGCAGGGUGGCCUACUCGGCAACUUCAUCAAGUGGAACUUCACCAAGUUUAUCGUCGACAAAGAGGGCAAGGUCGUCGAAAGACACGGGCCUAACGUGGAUCCGCAUAAGCUGAAGGAUUCUCUCGAGAAAUAUUUUUGAAUCAUCUCUCUGUUUUUUUAUGAUUUUUUAAAAUCAAUAUUUUUUGUCGUAUAAACACGAAAUAGAAAUUCCACGAUAUAAUAUGGUUUUAUUUUCUAUCUUUUCACGAUAUGUGUAUACAAUAAAAUAUUUUUAAAUUCUCCUAUCA